CUUGACGUUUGAUAUAAAAAAUUUAGAUUAGUUUAAAAUAUUUAAAAUUUAAAUAUAUAGGAAGAAAUAUACAAAAUGUUUCGUGUAUUGUUUUACCUAUUUCUUAUAUUUGCAAACACAAUCAACGCAGGUGUAAUGCACAGUCAUACAAACGAGAUUCAUAAAGAAAGAGAAUCAGAUGGGGCUUACAGCCCCCGGAACCACGGUCACUUUUCUGAAGAAGGUGAACACUACAAUGAAUUUGAUCAUGAAGCUAUUUUGGGAAGCCACAAGGAAGCGGAAAUGUAUGACCAACUGCCUCCAGAAGAGGCCAAAAGACGUUUAGCAAUACUUCUGAAAAAGAUGGACCUUAAUAAUGAUAGUCAGAUUGAAAGACAUGAGUUAAAAGCCUGGAUCAUUCGUUCGUUUAGUAUGCUAUCAGAAGAGGAGGCUAAAGAUAGAUUAGAAGAUGCCGAUGAAAAUAAUGAUGGACAAGUCACUUGGGAAGAAUAUUUGGCAGAUACUUAUGGGCUAGAUAGUUCUGAAAAUAAUAUUGACAUUGGUGGAGAAAAUGAACAUCUUAUUGAAUCUGAUAGAGCAAUGUGGAAGGCUGCAGAUGUGAACAAUGAUGGUGUUCUGGAUGAAAAAGAGUGGGCUCCAUUUUCCCAUCCAGAAGAAUAUCCCAGUAUGCUUCCACUUAUAUUAGAACAAACACUGAAAGAAAAAGAUACAGAUGGAGAUAAUGGUCUUAUUUUUCAAGAGUUUGUGGGAGAACGGGGUACCCAUAUGAGCAAAGAAGAUUUACUGACUGAAAAGUCUAAAUUUGACUCUUUUGAUUCUAAUGGUGAUGGAAAGUUGACUGGCAAUGAGAUUUUGUCUUGGGUAGUUCCUAGUAAUGACGAAAUUGCAGAUGAAGAAGUAGACCACUUAUUUGCCUCUUCUGAUGACACUCAUGAUGGUGUACUAAGCUUUUCAGAAAUACUAGCACACCAUGACAUAUUUGUAGGAAGUGAAGCUACAGAUUAUGGUGACCAUUUGCAUAACAUUCACCAGUUUGAUGAUGAAUUAUGAUAAGGCUUAUAUUAUUGAAAAUACUUGUUUGACGUUAUGCAUACUUGAUUUGAAUUUGAUUAGCUCAUUUACGCGAUUUAUAAGGUUACCAAUACACGAUCAGUUUCUAAGCACCUUCACUUAGUCUUUCUUUCUUGGAUUGUUACUACUUAUAUGGAUCUAAUUAUGCUAUUUCUUCUAAAAUUUUCAGAUACUGCUUUUUAAAAUUUAGAAAUUGUUGUAUUUAUUGUCCAUUUUUGAAAAUAUCUUCAAUUUUUUGUUGUUUUUGUUUUAUUUUAACUCUUUUUGAAACUUCCGUACAGUUAUUGAUUCUUGGUGGUGAUUUCCGUACACAAUUUUCUUUAUGUAACAUGACCUUUUGUUAAGUUAUCAUUAAAUUUUAUAUUGCUCUCUGGUUCAGUCUUUCUAUUGCUCAGAAUAUUCAUGCUAUUCUGAGGUUUUAUUGAUGUAUGCUCUCGAAAGCAUCAAUUCAAAGCCCUAAUCAAAAUUUUUAUCACUAUUUUUCAGAUUGUAAAGACCAGAUAUGGCAAUUCUUGGUUUUUUUGUUAUAUAAUUUUGGCUGUGGCUCAAUUUUAUUGAAUGUCAGUAUUUCAGGAUCCUUACAUAUAUAUUCCUGGACCAAAACAUUAUUGCAGCAUCGUUAUAAUAUAUUUUGAAAUGAAUUAGUCAAAUACUGGUCUAUCACUAACAUGUAAGUUCUC